AUGGGUAUAACCUUACUCUCUUGGCUUGGUGAAAGCCGCGGGUUGUGGCAACAUCAGGUUUCUGAAGGUAUGAUUCGGCUUCUCUGUAAUGUCAAGGUGUCAAAUUCUCCACCUAGUACCGAUAUCAGAUAUUGGACCGAGAGAACCGGAGUCACUUUUCCCAAUUUGGGCAACUUUUCUAUUGAAUGGGAAUCAAGUUCUCCUUUUGAAACACAACACCGAGACAGCCCUAAUCUCUUUACCGAGAAAUUUUAUCCCAACUGGCCCAGCAAAUUGGAUGACAAUACUGACUUUACAAUGCGCGUCUUCUUGGUAGCCAAUUCAGGUGAAAAUGAAGAAUCAUCUCGUGAGAAUAUUGCACCAUCAAGACCUGAGCUGAAACCCAAUUGGUUGACAGUGGAACAAUACAAUGCCUUUGCGAGCAUCCGGGCAGCGGGCCGAACACAAAUACGAAGUCUUCUCAAUGUCCUGUUUGAAGAGUUGUUACCGCUUGGGAAUCCUUGUUCCCAUAUUCUCAUUCGGCAGACUGUGUUCCAAAUCGGAGCUUGCGAUUGGAAAACUGACCUUCAACCAGAAUGGAACGGAAUGGGAGCUAUGGAAUUAUUUUGGUGUCGCGAAGUGAAUAAGCUUCGAGAAGCCCAAAAGUUGUACGAAAACUUGCUGUUGACUGGUGUCAUUAGCGGCUUUUAUGGACAGUACCACACGCCUCUUGAAGAAGUUGCGAUCCAGUCUUCUGAGAUUUUCGAGCAAUGGGCUGAAGCCUUGAAAUUGGAAACACAGAGCGUCGACCUGAUUGCAAAGCAAGCGUGUUUCCUCGGCUUUGCUAUACUGUGCCUUGCUUCAGUGAAUAUGACCUUUCCACACAGAAGCAAGCUGCUACGCUUUCUCGUGCUAUACAACGACCGGUUGCUGCUUUCGCAAGAAAAGGCUGACAAUGUCUUGCAGCAAGCUGUCAUGAAAGUGAUGGGGACAAAAUGGACCUCUGGCGACCGCGAUUUCACGACGAACCGCGAUUUGCUGCUUACAUCUCUUGUUCAAGCUGUCGUUGAGAGCGCACCUUCGGAUCUCGAGUGGUCGGAGGUGCAUUACGAUAGUGCUGAAAGUACAGCAUGCUUUGAGGCUGUUGUAGGGGGCCGACUCUUUUCGAUUAACUUGAAUAACGGCAUUGUUCUCGUGAAUGGAAAACCAAAAAGCUUUCUUCCGCAAUCGAUCACAUCGGACAGCUUCUAUGUGAGACACUUUGGCAAGGCUAGCCCUGAAGUAUCAGUCGAAGGACUACGGCAUUACCGGACAACGCGCAAAAUGAAAGAGCAUUUCUUCUACGACUUCGUCAGCGAUGCAGACGAUCGACUUCAUAUAUUUGAAUUCGACUCAAGGAAAGGGUUCCACAACUCCGAAAAGCUUGAACUAUUGGAUCGUGGCAGCGUAUCUCUCCAACCCCAUCUUGUCGAGCUGCACAGUCAUUGGCUAAAUGCUAGGCAGCAGUAUCUUUUGCUUCGCGACAUAUUGGUAGAAAGUCACCAAGUAUCGUAUGCAAUGAAACCUGGAAAGCUCCUUUCGAUUCCGCCUUCUUUUCAAUUUGCAUCGAUUCAGGAAAUAGACGAGAAUGAAGAGCGAUUUGAUGAAGUUCUCAUCGAUCGAUUCGGAGUCAUCAAGUACUCUCUUCCGCGUUAUGGACUCAACUUCACGCAAGUUGAUGAUGGGAUCAGAUCAGACGACUUCAAGGGCUACAUAAUGACCCCAGAGCAACAGCUAUCUGAUACACUACCAGGAUUCAAUACCUUUCUUUUGCUGUCGAAUGAUGAGGGUGAAGAGAUUGUAAUAGUUCCGUGUGGAGAAGUACUUCAAUCAGGAGAGAUAAGAAAUCUGGGUAAUUGGGACACCAAUAUGACCUUCCAUGUCUUUCAUACCCAUCGACGAUUCUGCUACCUUCAGUCUUCGAAUACACUUGGUCGGCUUCACCUGGCAUGUUUAUAUGCAUCCUCUGGAAGCUUGGUCCCAGACCGUAGAACCGGGAAAACCGGAUUUACAGUCGCUACGGAGCUUCUUCGGCAAUGCUUUCAAAACUUUUGUUUCUCUGAUGAGGAACUUGCUAAACUACGGAAUCUAUCAAGGCACAGUCAUCAUUCAUCUGCACUUCGCCUUCUAAUUUGGCAUAUCUAUCGUGGGUCUCUUUCUUUACGAGUCCCAUACAAGCGUACGCCGGAACAAGAAGAAUUCUUGGAUUUGGACAAAUUGGCAUCUGAAGAGUAUCGCACAUCUUUUUCUGGCCCGUACCUCACUUCUGUCGAGGAGCAGAGCGUCUUUUGUCGUGUUCUUAAAGGGCCAAUUGAAGCAUUCAAUGAGAGCAAAACUUCUGUUGAAGAAAGUGACACAGCCAAAUACAUCAAGAGGAUUGAAAUGGGUGAUUUUCAACCAUUGUUGUCAUAUGAAAAACGGAAUGGCACCUUACAAUUUCCGCUCACAAAUUCUUUUGAGGGCCAUGCAACCUUGGGCGGACAAGUUCCGAAGGGUCAGUUAAAGAGAUUUGAAGCACAAUUCUCCAAUGGAGCGUGUAUUGGUGAGUCAGAACUACCACCCACUGAUUCAGGCGAGGAUCACGAAGAAAGCAAGGGCACUACCAUAUGCGAACAGGUUUUCCUGGACUUGCGUACUAGCUAUCGGAUAUACGCUGACUUGUCUGUAAAGAAUGUCGUUGGUGGGAUUGUGGUUUUCUCUGAAAUCUCUGAAAUUGGAAGAGAAGUGCUGUUUAGGAGAGAAUCAAUUGAAAGGCGCCUACUUGGUGAGCUGAACAGUGCACUUUGCUCGAGACGACGCUUUGAUUUCUUUUUUCGCUCGAUGUGUAAAUUUGUUUCCAGCGAUCUCCUGCAAAUGAUUUAUAGCAAGUCGUCGUUGCGACGAAUUCAGCCAAGUGAGAACGGCUUUUCCUGGGUUCAAAGAAUCAAAUCACAAAUAAUCGACUGGGCUCUACUUUGUGUAUUUGAGGACAAACUCCGUCGUCUCGAACGUUUUUCAAGGCAAAGAAAGAUAGAAGAACUCAUUCAAGAGCUAGAAUGUACCAGAAUAUGGGAUCCCAAGCAGUAUCCUCGGUGGUUGGCAUUUGAGGUUGAGCAACAACUUCAAAUUCGCCCAGAACAAUUCAAGACUGUUGAUCAACUGCUAACGGAGUCAACAGGAUCAGUAAUCCAGCUCAACAUGGGGUCAGGCAAAACGAGAGUCAUGGUACCAAUGCUGAUCUUGGAACUCUGUCGCCAACAGCGCAAACUGGCACGAAUCAAUGUAUUGCCGUCAAUUCUGCAGGAAGCUCUACUAUUUUAUCAGCAGUCCCUUGUCGCAAGUGUGCAGCACACCAAAAUUUUCACCCUACCUUUUAUCAGAGACUUCGAUAUCGAUGAGUUUUCAGUAAAGAUUCUGGAUGAAGAAAUGAGGCGCUGUUAUAUGCAUGGAGGAUGCCUUAUUGUUACCCCACAGCAUCGGAAUUCGCUUCUCCUGAAACAGCACGACUGCAAUGUUUCUUUGAAGGCGGAUCUAUCAAAAACACUUAUUGUUGAUGUUUUGGACGAAAGCGAUGCGAUCUUGGAACCCAGCUUCCAGCUUGUGUACGCCAUGGGCACAAAACUGGAUCUCCCUUCUCGUUCAAAUCGUUGUACUAUGUUCCAGUCGUUGUUGACUAUUUUGAGUCGAGGAGAGUGUCAAGCCUUGUUAGGGUUGCUAACGGACUCGACAGCUUUCUACAAGCAAGAUAGCAAAUCUGGUAACUUCAAUGGCAUCAGAAUUCUGAAGCUAUCGAGAGAAGACAAAAACUUUCUUGCAAGCAAGAUUGCGGAACAUUUUGUGCGGAACCCACCGUCGGAUUUCCCGUGGCUCGAAACAAUGAAGCAACGACAAGAUAUUGAGUUGUUGGUAAGGCUGAUCUCUGAUCCGGAGUUUCAGAAUACGUCAAUUGUAAUCAGAGACACCCCUCUUUUCAAUUUAUUCGAAAAUGACAUACUCGCAGCACGUGGAUUCCUGGCCCAUGGCAUUCUCCUGCAUUCCCUACAAUCACGUUGGGGGGUAUCAUACGGUUUGCGUCAUCUCCAUGAUUAUGAUACACAGAUGGCAGUUCCAUAUUCAGCUAGCGAUACACCAAAAGCAAGAGCAGAGUUUAGUCACCCUGACGUAGCGAUUGCAUAUACGAAUCUCUCCUAUCUCUAUUUGGGUCUGACAAAGCAGCAGUUUCGAAGAGCUCUUGAUUUGCUAGAUGCAAAAGGACUGAGUGUGAAGCUCUCAACGUAUGACACCUGGAUCGAAAAGGUUAGACUCGACAUUCCUACUAAUGAACUCGAUCGUUUUGAUACAUACGGGAAAGUUGACACCAGCAAUCAUGCCCAGUUUGAACUAAUGCACCACAGACUCAAUCGAUGCAUGGAGGUUGUGUUUUUUUGGUUGAACGAGGUUGUUUUCCCGGUCGAGACGAUGCAAUAUCCACAGAGAAGGAUUUCAAGCGCGUGGAAUCUGGCGGACACAGAUCAUGUAAAGCAAAUCAUUGGCUUUUCUGGAACGGACGACAACCGAUUUCUUUUGCCCUAUCAAGUCAAGCAAAUCCAGCAUGCCGACAAGGAGCUGUGUGCCACGAAUGGAAAAAUGAUCGAUCUUGUCCUUUCGUGCACCCAAAAGGUCCACCAAGUAGUUAUGGGCAAUUCGGCAAUCUGGGAAAUCAUUUUGGACGACUGUUUUCAGUUGAAGGUACAAGCAUUGAUUGAUACUGGGGGAUUGAUGGCGGGUUCCAAACGCGAUUCUGUUGUCAGACAUGUGGCAAUGAAAUUGAAAAAUGAAAGAUGUGUCUUUAAAGGCUUUGUUUACUACUCGACAGACAAGGAGCGCUGGGAAGUAUUCGAAAUUGCAACCGGACGGACACAAUCCAUCACCCGAUCAACACUUUCAGCCUGUGAUUGUUUUGUGUAUUUUGACGAGAGCCGCUGCAGAGGGACCGAUUUCAAACUUCUUAGGGACUCUUCUGCUCUUGUCACUCUGGACAAAAGACUUACCAAAGACAAAUUCUUACAAGGUUGUGCCCGGAUGCGUCAGUUGUUCCCUGGAGGCCAGUCGUUGAUUCUGGGGGGUACCACAGAGGUUGUGACCAAGAAGUCGACAACCUUGGAUAUUCUAAACAUGAUUGUCGAAAAUGGUAUCAAAUCUGUGGAGAGAGCGCUUCCAGUCUACGUGCAAAGAGCAAAAGACUUCAUUUCUUUUCCGAGACCUGCCAACGAUAAUUUCGAGUUGAACGAGAUGUACAGCAAAAGCAUUGUACAGAACCAGUCAUUUCAUGAAUAUUUGGACAGUGAUGGAGAAGUCGUAAGCACGGAGAGCGCAUUUCUGCAAGAUGUGACAGAAUACGCAAGAUCAAUCGGAAAGGAAGUUGAGGUUGCGGCCACAAGUGGAGCAGAAGAGUGCGAGAAAGAGGUUCAUUCGGAAUCUGAGCAGGACGAGGAACGUGAAGUAGCAGUAACAUCGCAAAGUCCACGUUCUCAAGAAGACUGGGACUACUGGCUGUUAUUCAAUGAACCACAGCGCCUCUUCCUGUCUCAUUUCCAUCAGCUAUCGGAUUUGAUCGAAGAAUAUGGAGUCACAGAAAUGAAUGCUAUUCAAUGGAGCAAGAAGAUUUUCUGCACGCCAAACUUCUGGGAGACCAUCGAAAAGGCGAAGGAAUGCAGUGGCGUGUCUCCAUUUCUACGCCUCGUUGAUCCAUUGGUUAUAUUUCCAGAUGGAAGAGUGGUGCUCAUAUCAUUGUACGAGCUCAACAAUCUGUUGCCACUGUGGUGGGGACUGUCAGAUAAACCAAAUGUCUCAAUCGAUCAUGUGUUUCAACUUUCUUGUGACUGUCCCAGCCUUGGACAGUGGUCACUUCCUGUAUCAAUUGAAACAUUAGUGUCUCUCAAGCUGUUCCGUGGCGAUGUGAAGUUCGGCUUGGAGGAGGAAAAGGUCAUCCUUCGCCAGAUGCUCCAUGAUCUAGAGAGGCCCGUUGACAGUAUGAAGCAGCUUGUAUCGACUCGCAACCGCCUGAGCCGUUACGAAAAAAGCGAUCUUUCAGACAUUGCUUACUUAUUGUCGCUUCCCCCGAUUUGA